AUGGCGUUCGAGUUUUUUGGCUAUUCUAUUCAAAGACCAAAAAGAGUUUGGGCAGUUCAUUAUCAUGUCAAGGCAAAACAUCUUGUCGAUCUUAUUCGUAAGACUUUCAUUCCCACUUUCUCUCACGAAACGUCAAAACAAAGUUGCCUCCCAAUUACUACAUGUUGCCGAGACGACUCCGGAACAACGAGAUCAUUUGCUAUUGGAUUGAUCCUCUCUGCCAAGAAACUCCGUCUUCAAGGAAUAAUAUUCAAGUCGCAUAAGAAGGCAGAGACACAUUUUUGGCCCUACGUAGCUUUUAUGGGUUGCCUUAUGAACGAUGAAGCGGAUGCGAUGUUCCCAGGAGAGAAAGGAAUCAUAGAAAACUAUUUCGGAACAGGUAAGGAAGUCUCUCAAUUCUCCAAAGGGAUCUGUAAAGGGAUCGUAUUCAACCCGACUGAGAGUUAUCUCGCCAAUGUGUUUGAGGGUGUUAACAAGUAUACUUCAAAAGGUUAUCAUGUACAAUGGGCAGGUUUCAGGUACACCCACUUUGAUUCUCCUUGGACUUGUUUAUCAUCUUCUGCUGCUUUUACGCUUAUCGUACUUGCAAUAAUCCAGAUUUUCUUCACAUCCUAUGCUUAUUUCCACCCUCCACAAAGCAAGUAA